AUGGAUACCCCUAUAGCUGGUAGUGCUUCUAGUGUUGAUCGGCUUUACCUCUUCUAUGCUGACCUUUUAGAUGGUCAGACCAAUGCUGAAGAUUCGAAAGUUAUUCAAGUACUUCGUGAUGCCUUCAAAUUUGAAUUGUUACUUCGAAAAUUCACUCUUAAACAGCAGCUAAAGAUCAGAAAUGUUAAGUCAGAGAUUGAUAGAUGUGUAAAAUUAUUGAACAUGCUGAUUCUUGAGUUUAUAGUGGAAAAGUAUGAACAGUCUAACGAAGUUAAAGGAGACAAAAUAGUGGAAAGUAGAGGAGAAUUCGGGAAACCUCAAUUGGAGAAUCGAAAAUACCAGUUCAAUCUGUCAGACGAAAAAGGAUUAGUCAUGCUUGCUAUUGGGUUUGAUCCCUCAAAAACUAAUACAGAAAUAGGUGUAGAUUUAGCCAAUCCAGAGGAUAUUGAAGAUUUUAAUUUGAAUAAACUUGAAGACUUUUAUAAACUGGAUUUUAGGAACAUUUUCGACGAUAGUGAAAUUGAACAGCUUGACGCAUGUUUCCAGAAACUGGAAUAUGACAAAAGAUUAUCAAAAUUGAGUCAAUUUUGGGCUUUGAAAGAAAGCUACUCUAAGUACCUUGGUGUGGGUAUAUCUGCAGGUUUACAAAACUAUAUUUUCUCGGCGAAUAUUGAAAUUAAGCCAACAGCUAGGUUGAAUGAGUAUCAACUGGAUCAACUCGAGCCCUAUGAACCAAGGAAUGUUUGUUUGACAUUACCAGGACAUAAUAUAUUGUGCUCGGUAUUUGCACAUUAUAAUUCAUGCACGUUGGUUAAACUUAAUCCCCUAGAUAUUGUAAACCAUUUCCUCAAUUAA